GACCUAUUACAUUUCCCCGGGUUUACCCAUACUGGAUACUGUCACUACACUGCUGUGAGGGACAGCGGAGUCUACGCGUGAGUAUUGAAACCAUUAGGUGCUGUAUCAUUACUGACAUUGGACAUUUUGAAAAUAUUAUGUUCAGACAAGUUUCAAAGGCACAUUAGCUGCACAUGGCGAAUACUGACCCUCCUUGUAACGUACAAUACAGCAAGCUACACACAGGUUGAUGGCGGUUAUAUGAGACGGCAAUCGUGCGACUGGGAAUCUUUCUGAAGCAGGAAGUAAAUUGGUGUGUCGUGUAACAGACGAGAUCAGUCUCUAAAGCAUCAUGCCGGACUGGGGAACAGUGGCAACCAGCUCAGUGGUCCUAGGGGUUGGAUGUGUCGUGUCAGGAUUCCUCACCACAGCCUCGCAACAAUGGGCUGCCCAUGCCAACACUACAGGACGGCAUGGUUCACGGAUGCACACUUUCGACCAUUCAUUCUUUAUGCAAACAUUCCUAUUCCUGGGCCAACUGUCGUGCCUAGGACUCCACUCGAUCAUACGUAAAGUACGCGGCCCACAGCCUCCUGGAGAUGAGGAGCAGGAGGAGCCAGUUGGAAGAGUUGCGGCCCAGAUGCGGGCAAGAGCAAGACAUAACCAGGAAGGGAAUAGAAAACAAAACCCACAAGCUGGGAAUGAAAGGUCAAUAGAGGAGGAGCUCAACCACGGAGCUGCAGUUAGAGUAAGGGCACGUGGGAGAGAAGACAAAGCUGCAAACGAAGUGGCGGAUAAUGGCCCUGGAAAAGAACAUGCAGCUGACGGUGAAGCUAUAGGGGGUCCCGUGGCUGACAUACAGGUGGAAGAGACAGAGGAGGGUUUGAGGCAGAGGCGGCAGAGGGAACAGAGGGAACAGAUGAUCAGAGAAGCAGGUCCCCGCAGAGGACCCAGACUAGCCAGGAAAAUGAAACCCAAGGACAAAAAAGAAUACAACAAGAUCAUAUUUCUGCCUUGUGCCCUCUGCGACUUUGCAAGAACAGGAUUACUGUUUAUUGGCCUGCGUCAGACGUUCCCAAGUAGUUUCAUAAUGCUGCAGGGUGUUGGUUUGCUAGCAACAUGCACCUUGACCGUGGCUUUUGUUGGCCGUGAAAAGACAGUACGUAAACUGCAGUGGGUGGGUGCCUCAAUAUGUGCCGUGGGUCUGGCUGUGAUCGGCCUGAGGGAUUAUGUGUGGGGGAAGGACCACACAUAUGACCCGUACGGGAUAGCUGCGGGGGACCUGCUGAUUGUCAUGGCGCAACUGAUGACGUCAAUUCAAGUGAUCCUUGAACAGCGCUUUGUGAAGAAACACGAUAUAGAUCCACUUGUGGCUAUUGGACUUGAAGGGAUGUUUGGGUUUAUCCUCUUGAUUAUCCUGCUCAUCCCAUUCUACUUCGUGGACGUGGGAGCAUUUAAUACCUUGCCGAAACACCGCCUGGAGGAUCCGUAUGACGCCUUCUGUCAGAUGCAGAUGGAUUACUCAAUCAUAGCAGCCUUUCUAGGUAGCGUGCUUUUCUGGCCGCUGUACUACUACUGUGGGCUGUCUAUCACCAAGCACGUGAAUGCAGUAACCCGGAUGGGGGUGGACAUCAACAUACAGAUGCUGACUUGGGCAGUGUACAUCAUGGCACAGUGGCAAGCAUUCCAUGCCUCACAGAUUCUUGGAUUCGGUGUCUUUAUUGUUGGGAUCAUCGUGUUCUUCCUCGAUGCUGACCCCAUUAUAGCGAGAUUCCAGGGUUGGCGAGAGAGAAGACGAGAAGGAAAUGGAGAGAAUGAACCAUUGAACCCAACAAACCCUGUUAUCCAAGACUACGGUAUACAGGAACAAGUGCAACCCCGGAGAAACCGACCGAGAUAGGCUGUGAGAACUUCAGCUGGAUUGGAUAGCAAAAAUAUUAAGGCAAGGAUUAAAGUACAACAUAUCAUUAUAUUUUUAUAUUUUUUUUUACAAAAUACAAUAUACCGAGAGCGAAGGUCUUUGUGAACACGUGUAAUAACUCACAGCUCGUCGACAACUGUACCGUGCAGUUUCUGAAUAUUUGGAAGUCAAUACGUUUCACGGAUACAAGAGUACAGAACUCAUACAAUUUCAAUUUUUUUGUAUUUUUAUUUGUGAAUGGAAAACAAUAUUCAUCUCCGAAAAGAAACAGGUUUAGAAAACCGAUGAUGACAAACAUGACAAUUGCUUUAAAUGUACUUUCCAUGCGUCGUCAUCAGUUAUCAGCUUCUUCCGGCCUACCCAGUGAGGAUCCGGGUUCGAAGUGGUCAUGCUUGUGGUAAGAGACGACUAACGGGAUCGGGUGUUCAGGUUCGCUGACUUGGUUGAUGCAUGUUUUCGUAUCCACAUUGCGCAGAUGAUGGAUCAAUGCUCAUGAUGUUAUUCCCAUGAGUUUCCAUGUCCAGAACUAAUUAUUUACAGACCGCCGUCAUAUAUUUGGAAUAUUGCUGAAUGCGGCGUCAAACAACAAGCAAACAGUUGUCCGUUCUAGACGAUAUUGCAAAACUUUCUUAUAACUUCUCCCAAACUGUUUUUUUUUCAGAAAGGUGACAUGGACCAUGGGAGGUGGUCAGCAAACAGUUUAUCAAGGAAAUUUAAAUUGAAAAUUUGUCUCUGGUAACAGUGCAAAUAGGUUUGAAUCUUCUCUGAACAUGCAACUGAGAUCAUUUUAAACUUUAUUGAGACGUAAGUCUCAUCUUUAAGAAUAUUUUGUCAGAGUGAUUCAUUUCUCAUCAUUGGCUUAUUCUAUUAACUUCAGCUGUCAUUCACUAAUCAGUCCAAUGAAAUACAUAUGCAUGUCAUCUCCCAGAUGGUACUCGUCAAUUCAGAAUGAGCUACAUUUAUCAUUUUGUAUAGUUAUGUAAACCAUUUACAAUAUAUUUUCGACUUAUGUUCAGGCCAACCAUUUGAUAUUCUUGGGAGAACUUGGGGAAAUUUGUUGGGUGGGGUGGAGGGUGGGGGAACAGCUAUUGAAAAUACAAAAUAAUACCUGGUUUUGCCGCUGAAGCUAAACAAUCAGCAAAGUCCCUGUCCCCCCGAAUAUCUCACGGUUGGUCCCUACUCUACAGUAUGCUUCUCAUGCAUACCCAAUUUCAGAUUGUUGCUGAAUGGGUGUAUUACAUGUUAUACAAGUGUAACGAUCUACAAAAGAACCUUAUGACUGGUUAGUUUGUCUUUAUUCUAGCUUCUUAUGCAUCAUGCAUCAGGAUUACCACAGCGAGGAUGGGAAUUAAAGAAACUAUUAAAAUUGCAAAUCCAUACCUGCAAAUGGGCCUAGGCCUGCGUGUGUAAAUCCAUGUUGUGUAUUAGAUAUGUACAUAUGCCAUAGUGCUAUGUAACAUGAUGAUGUUGAAUUAUAAUAAAAGUAUUUGGUUCUAUCUUC